CACCCGCUGCCUGCAAGUUCUUCGAGUUAUGCCAGCUCGGAUCGGACCGUGACUGGCUUUGCAGGCAUCUCAUGGCUGUGUGUGUGUUCCUUGGAUUCGGAACCACCGAGAACAGGACGAAUGCGGCGGGCAUCUUUGAGCAACUCGCCAACGAUGGACACAGCGACAGUCAGUUGUGGAUCGGAAUUUGCUACUCCUUUGGCGGGGGAGUAUCGAAGGACCACAAGAAGGCAUUCGAGUGGUUCAGCAAGUCGGCCAACCAAGGCAACUCAUAUGGACAGUGGAGGGUUGGUUGGUGCUACUACCGGGGAUACGGAAUCACCAAGGAUCGCACCAAGGCAGCCAAGUGGUAUCGUAAAUCGGCCGAACUGGGCCAUCGAUUCGGACAGAACUCGCUUGGCGACUGCUACAAGAAUGGUGAAGGUGUCCCGCUGAACAUCAACGCCGCCGUCUUCUGGUAUCGCAAAUCCGCCGAGCAGGGUUGCGAUUGGGCCAUCAGCGAACUCAAUCAACUCGGCCUGUGGCCCUGAUCCCGAAUCCCUCCCUAGUACCACUCCCAAAUAACCAAGUCGCAACACUGAACAUGCAAGCAGCCAAGCAAACCGCACCGCCAACACCCAUCCCAACCACCAUGAUUCCAAAGUGUGGAUUCGCAAUGUGGACCCGAUGAAGCGGCAAUGACCGAGUGAUGUUGUAUUUG